AUGAAGUAUUACAUUGCUGUCCUUUCUCUGUUUCGAGAAAUGCAGAAAUUGGGUAUCCCAAUUAAUGUUUUCAUAUUGGAUAUCGUGAUUAAUAGUUAUUAUCUGAUGCAUCGUUCUGAUUGUGUAUUUUCGGUGUUACCCAUUUACUUAAAGGGUGGCAUUCUGUUUAUUGUCGUCACCUUUACCACUCUAAUAAGGGGAAUGUUUGAUGAAAAUAAGGUCAAAGAUGCAGUUGAAUUGUUCAAGAAAUUGGUGAGAGAGAAGAUUUAUGGCCUAUGCAAAGAUGGAAACCCAGAUGCUGCUAUCAACCUUUUGUAUGAGAUGAAACAUAAAGGCAUUCGUCAAGACAUAUUAACGUAUAAUUCAUUAAUUGAUGGUUUGUGUAAGCUCGAUGUGUGCACCUUCAACAUACUAACAGAUGGACUAUGCAAAGAAGGGAACGUUGAAGAUGCCGAGGAAGUAAUGAAAAACAUGGUCGAAAAGGGUGUAGAGCCUGAUAUAAUCACCUACAAUGCGAUAAUGCAUGGGUAUUGUUUGCGAGGUCAACUAGAUAGAGCGAGGAUAAUUUUUGAUAGCUUGGUAGAUAAGGGCAUUGAGACUAACAGUUUUAGCUAUAACAUACUAAUAAAUGGAUACUGUAAGAAAAGGAAACUCGCCGAGGCCAUGCAAUUGUUUUGUGAAAUUUCUCAAAAGGGAUCAAAACCUGAUAUUGUUACCUACAAUACUAUCUUGCAUGGGUUGUUUGAUAAAGCUAAAGAUAUUCCAGGAAAAAUGGAAGACAACGGUUGUUCUCCAAACAAUGUCACUUAUAAUGUCAUUGUGCAAGGAUUUCUCAGGUGCAACAAAAUUAGUGAAAUGGCAUCUUUUAUGAAGGAAAUGGCUGGAAGGGACUUCUCAUUUGAUGUAUCUACAACGAUGCUAUUGGUAGACGCUAUAAAGGAGAAUCCUUCCGCCCUUGAUAUGAUACCAGGGCUUCACUUGCUAAAAAAGAAUGUUGUCAUUAAUGGAUUGUGCAAAAAUGGUAAACUCAACGAAGCGCAUGCUGUUUUCGAGAAGCUUUCUUUCACUGGAAUGCUCCCGAUUGUGAGAACAUACACCGUAAUGAUAAAUGGAUUUUGUCUUGAAGGGUUGUUUGAUGAAGCUAAAUAUAUUCUAAGAAAAAUGGAAGUACGAGGUUGUUCUCCAAACAAUGUCACUUAUAGUAUUAUUGUGCAAGAAUUUCUCAGGUGCAACAAAAUUAGUGAAAUGGCAUCUUUUAUGAAGGAAAUGGCUGGAAGGGGCUUCUCAUUUGAUGCAACUACAACUGAGUUACUGAUAAAUGUUAUUAGGGUGAAUCCUUCUGUCCUUGACAUGAUACCAGAGCUUCACUCGAUAAAUAAGAAGUGA